AUGGGAACUUUGAAAUAAUAAGACAAAUAUUAUUAUUGUAUGUAGAAGUUGCAUAUACAGUAUGUUGACCGAAAAGAAUGAGUACGCGAUUAAAUUUUGUUAAACUCGGAGAGAAUUUCAACUCAGAAGAAACCUUCUAACUGAAUUUCUAAUUUAUCCGGAGUGUUCUUAAAGUAUAUAUAACUAUGGAUCGAUUUUCCUGUAAGUCUGUUCAGUCUAGAAAUUGGAAGAAUGGUCUUGCAGCAGCGUUGCUUAUGAUAGCCAUUGUUUCUCUUGUUGUUUAUAUCUCUUCCUUCUGGACUGGCGCUACUUUUGAGUUAUCUGCUAUUAUUUCCCAACACCCACCUCAAGAAAUCAUAAUCCCUCUGAAUUGCAGCAGCAAAGACCAAACACAAACUUGUCCAUCAAAUUACCCAAAAAAUUUCCAAACAAAAAACCGCGGCAUCCCAUCGUCGCAGCCGACAUGCCCAGAAUAUUUUCGCUGGAUCCACGAAGAUUUAAGACCAUGGAAAAGUACAGGAAUCAGCCGGGAGAUGAUGGAAAGAGCUCAUCCAACGGCUCAUUUUCGUCUUAUAAUUGUGGACGGCAAGGCAUAUAUCCAGCAGUUCCGAAAAUCUUAUCAAACAAGAGAUGUGUACACUAUAUGGGGUAUCGUGCAACUUCUUAGGAGGUAUCCCGGAAAAUUACCGGACUUAGAGUUGAUGUUUGACUGUGAUGAUUCGCCGGCCAUCCGGUCGAGCGACCACCGUGGACCAAAAUCAAGAACCCCACCGCCAUUAUUUGCGUACUGUGGCAGUGAGUCAACCAUGGAUAUUGCGUUCCCUGAUUGGUCGUUUUGGGGAUGGGAGGAGAUAAAUAUAAAACCAUGGGAUAGUUUGUUAAGGGAAAUUAAAGCAGGCAACAAUCAGACAAAAUGGAUAGACAGGGUACCGUAUGCUUACUGGAAAGGAAACGCUUUCUCAGGCAGUAAAUCUAGAAUAGACCUUCUCACAUGCAAUGUCUCCGGUCAAAUGGAUUGGAAUGCUCGAAUUUAUAACCUGGAUUGGAGCCAUGAGUCUAGUCAAGGGUUUAAGCAUUCAGACCUAGCAAGCCAAUGCACACACAGGUACAAAAUCUACAUAGAAGGAAAUGCAUGGUCCGUUAGUGAGAAAUACAUUCUAGCUUGUGACUCUAUGACACUCUUUGUAAAUUCCAAAUACCAUGAUUUCUUCACGAGAUGUCUACAACCUAUGAAACACUACUGGCCAAUCAGGGAAGACAACAAGUGCAAAUCCAUCAAGUUUGCUGUAGAUUGGGGUAAUUUUAAUAGACAAAAGGCACAAGAAAUUGGGAAAGCGGCCAGCAAGUUUAUCCAAGAAGAACUGAAAAUGGACUACAUAUAUGAUUACAUGUUUCAUUUGCUAAAUGAGUAUGCAAAGCUAUUGAAGUUCAAACCGAAGGUACCUGAUGGAGCUGUGGAGGUAUGCUCAGAGACUAUGGCUUGUCGGGCAAAUGGGUUGCAGGAGAAGUUCAUGAUGGAAACAUUGGUCAAGGGUCCUUCCAUUACAAAUCCAUGCACCAUGCCUCCUUAUGACACCAAAGUUCUUGCUUCUUUCGAUCGGGGUAAGUUUGAUGGAAUGAACCAAGUGCAUAACUUGGAGGAUAAAUACUGGGAAAGUCUCAAUAUAUUGCGCCAUAACUAGAUGUAUCUAACAUUUUAGACUCUUAGUUUGGUUCGUCUUUUUGUGAAAAAUAUAUAUAAACUUUCGUCAAAAGUACAUCAACUAAUAAUAGUGAAGAAUUAGUUCACACAUCAA